AUGAACGGUUCCCAGAUCAAGCAGGCCGCAAUCCAGAAGGCCAAACAGGUGACUGCGAAUGUGUCGAAUGGCGGCGCCACCAAGAAACGGAAGAAGGAGUUGAAGCCCAUCAUCACAACCGAGGGGCAGCAGGAUGUUGAGAGUGCCUCGAACAUGGCAUCGUCAAAUCAAGCCAGUGCAGGACCCGGCGCAUCGAAUUCCAAGACCAUGAACCGAUCUCCUUCCUCCUCAUCGUCGACGCGAGAAGACGCGGCCGAGACGACUGCCGACGAAGAAGAUUCGGAGGACUACUGUAAAGGCGGUUAUCAUCCCGUAACCGUCGGCGAGCAAUUCAAGGAUGGAAAAUACACCGUAGUGCGCAAGCUGGGCUGGGGGCAUUUCUCGACUGUGUGGCUUUCCAGGGACAACGUUACCCAGAAACACGUCGCAUUAAAGGUCGUACGGUCUGCAGCUCAUUAUACAGAAACUGCCAUAGACGAGAUCAAGCUGCUCAACAAGAUUGUAGCCGCCAAGCCAGACCACCCUGGACGAAAGCACGUAGUCAGCCUACUGGAUUCCUUUGAACACAAGGGUCCCAAUGGCACUCAUGUGUGUAUGGUUUUUGAGGUUUUAGGAGAGAACCUGUUGGGGUUAAUCAAGCGAUGGAACCAUCGAGGUAUUCCCAUGCCGCUUGUGAAGCAAAUCACCAAACAAGUUCUCUUGGGUCUGGAUUAUUUACACCGGGAAUGUGGCAUCAUACAUACGGAUUUGAAGCCAGAAAAUGUCCUGAUCGAGAUUGGUGAUGUGGAGCAGAUCGUUAAGACUUUUGUCAAGGAGGAUUUGAAGAAGGACGACAAGGAAGACAACCGUAAUGGCCGGAGGAGACGUCGGACACUAAUAACAGGGAGUCAACCGCUACCAAGUCCUCUGAAUGCCAGUUUCAACCACGCGGACUUAAUGCGGUUUCCUGGUAGCACACCGUCUUCUCAUACGAGCCUGAACCAGAUGAUGCAAGAAGGAGGUUCAAGCAAUGCAUCUCCAAAGUCAGAAAAGGAAGAUGAAGAUAAACACAAGCAAAGAGAGAAAACCGCCGACAUACUUACGCGAGAAGUCUCAGGCAUCUCGCUCGACAAAUCCAAUGAAAAGAAAAGGGCAGAAGACGCUACUGCCGGGGAUAUCAUAUCAGUCAAGAUUGCUGAUUUGGGUAACGCAUGUUGGACAGGCCAUCAUUUUACAAACGACAUUCAGACCAGACAAUAUAGAUCCCCUGAGGUUAUCUUGGGUGCCAAAUGGGGUGCAAGUACAGAUGUUUGGAGCAUGGCUGCCAUGGUGUUUGAGUUAAUCACUGGCGACUAUCUUUUUGAUCCACAGUCGGGCACCAAGUAUGGCAAGGAUGACGAUCACAUUGCUCAGAUAAUUGAACUUCUUGGUCCCUUUCCGAAGUCGCUCUGUUUGUCUGGCAAAUGGAGUCAAGAAAUAUUCAACCGAAAAGGAGAAUUACGCAACAUCCACCGGUUACGUCAUUGGGCACUUCCUGAUGUUCUCAAAGAGAAAUAUCAUUUCAAAGAAGAAGAUGCUAAGAAGAUUGCUGACUUCCUGACACCACUGUUGGAACUUACACCAGAAAAGAGGGCAAAUGCAGGUGGGAUGGCUGGUGGGGCGUGGCUCGAGGACACUCCUGGAAUGGAAGGCAUGAAGAUUCCUGGUUUAGAAGUCGGGUCAAAAGGCGAAGGUAUUGAAGGGUGGGCGAAUGAGGUGAAAAAGCGGUGA